GAAAGGGCACAAUUCUUUAUAUAACGGAAUAUGACCUUGGUGAUUUUUAUCUGUAUUUAGAUGAAAAGUCGGAUUUUGCGCUUUUCUUCCCACGACACGACUAACAUUUUCGUUUCCCGUAAAAGCGGCAUUGCGUCUAUCAACAUCUACCGGAAGAGAGUACAGAUUAAUGCGCACCGACCAGAGUCGAAAACGGAACUUCAUCACCGCUGGCUAAACAGUAAGUUUUGAAGUCUUUUGUAACUUCGAAUCCAGCGUAUCUAAAGAUACACUCGAAAUGGAGUCUCUGACUGCCGCAAACACCCGCUUCUCGCUGGAUCUCUUUACGAAGAUUAUUAACGGUAACAAAGGCAAUGUCAUCUUUUCACCGUUCAGCCUUUCUUCCGCCCUGGCCAUGGUGUACUUGGGGGCUCGGGGUGACACAGCCGCUCAGAUGGCGCAGACUCUGCAUUUUCACAAAGCUGAAGAAGAUGUUCACGUUGGAUUCAGCCAGCUAUUGUCCUUGCUUAACAAACCUGGGGCCCCUUAUUCACUGAGCAUUGCCAACCGCUUGUAUGGAGAGCAGUCUUAUCAGUUUGUUGAGAAAUUCCUUACUGACAGUAGGAGACACUACAACGCUGAUCUGGAGCCUGUUAACUUCCGAUCAGACGCCGAGGCAGCCAGGGUGAACAUUAACACCUGGGUGGAGAAGCAGACAAACGAGAAAAUCAAGAGCUUGUUGGCUCCAGGGGCAAUUGACCCCUUAACUAGACUUGUCCUGGUAAAUGCCAUCUAUUUCAUCUGUAACUGGCAGAAAAAAUUUCGUCCUGCAAACACAAGGGAAAUGCCCUUUAAAAUAAACAAGAAUCAGAGUGUGCCAGUGAUGAUGAUGAACCAAACAGACAAAUUUGGUUUGACUUACAUUCUAGAGGCAAAGUGUCAGGUUCUGGAGAUGCCCUAUGUUGAUGAAGAGCUCAGCAUGCUCAUCAUGCUACCAAGUGAGAUCAAUGGGCUGGAGGAGCUGGAACAAAAGCUCACAUGUGAGAACCUUACGGACUGGACGAGACCAAACAUGAUGCACGUUCAGGAGGUGAUUGUGAAAUUGCCCAAGUUUAAGUUGGAGGAGACCUAUGAUAUGAAGCAGGUCCUGAGCAGCAUGGGUAUGGUGGACGCCUUUGAUAAACAGAAGUGUGACUUCUCCGGCAUGUCUCCCGAUAAUGACCUGGUGCUCUCCAAAGUGGUGCACAAGGCCUUCGUAGAGGUGAAUGAGGAAGGCACAGAGGCGGCCGCUGCCACUGCAUGUCUCAUGAGUUUUGGCUGUUCCAUGUCACGCAGCCGGCCACUCAUGUUCACUGCAGACCACCCCUUCCUGUUCUUCAUCAGGCACAAUCCCACUAAGAGCAUCCUCUUCUAUGGCCGCUUCUGUUCACCCUAAAGCCUGAGCAUUUCUCAGGUGGAACAUGAUGGGUAAAUAUAACAAAGAUAACCGAAUACUGUCUGCGUUGUUGUGAUGCCAAAUUACUUUAAAAAUGGCAUUUUUACUCCUGCUUUUCUAUGGACCUUUACAAUGUAUUUUGAACAAAAUACCAAAGAUUAUCCUGAAAGUGAGAAGCAGUAAAAUCCUUGAAAAUGAAUAAAAAUGAAAAUUCAUAUGUAACAUGA